AGCAAGCUACAAUAUAAAAACAAACCAUUUCCUUGCAAUUUUUAAAAAUGUUUGAUCAUUAGGAACCCAUUAUCUACUUUUUUAGUUAGUUGUAGACAUUCGGACUAGUCCAAUAAGACCCAACAUUUAAUUAAUUUGCAACAUAGUAUCUACAGUAAGCUAAAAGAAAUCUAUUAAUAUACUAAUCCCUUGCAUGUGGAUCACAGAGUUUGCCAAGAAAACACUGCGAUUUUACUACAGUUCAAAUAAUUACGUCGUCCGUCGCCUGCAUUCAAAAAUGUCUCUAGAACAAGCGAAACAAGUAGCGGCAUAUAGGGCUGUGGAUACCUAUGUAACAGAGGAUUGCAUUUUCGGUGUAGGAAGUGGAUCAACGGUGGUGUAUGCAGUGCAGCGUUUAGCCGAACGUGUUGAGACUGAAAAUUUGAAGGUGACAUGUGUACCGACAUCGUUUCAAGCUAAGCAACUAAUCUUAAAACAUUACCUCACUUUGGGUGAGCUGGAUACAAAUCCAGUAAUUGAUGUUACUAUUGAUGGUGCAGAUGAAGUAGACUCUAAUAUGAUAUUGAUAAAGGGUGGAGGUGGAUGUUUAUUGCAAGAAAAAAUUGUUGCAUCAUGUUCUAAAAAACUCAUAGUGAUAGCAGACUACACUAAGGAUUCUGUAAAGCUGGGAGACAGAUACAAAAAGGGUAUUCCGAUAGAAGUAAUUCCCAUGGCUUAUGUGCCUAUUAGAGAAAAGAUUGUGGCAAUGUUUGGUGGAGAAGCUAAAUUGAGAAGUGCAGUUGCAAAGGCAGGUCCAGUUGUUACUGAUAAUGGAAACUUUAUUUUGGACUGGUUGUUCACAAAUCAAGACCUGGAUUGGAAGAAAGUAAAUUCUGCUAUCAAAAUGAUUCCAGGUGUGGUUGAAAUUGGGCUGUUUGUAGACAUGUGUGAGAAAGCGUACUUUGGACAGCCUGAAGGAAAUGUGAUUGAAAGAUCUGCAUAAAGCUAUAUAGGUACAGGGAAUCUUAUAUGUAUUAGUUUUAAGUGUUACUUCCUUUUUAUACAAUUUUUCUAUUAAACAUUAUCUAAACUUGCUUC